CUAUUUUCCAAUUUGAUGCACAACUGAACAAAUGAAAACACGCUCUCUUCUAUUCUCUUCUAUGCGAUUUUGAUUUCUCUCUCACACACAAAUUUUUUGAAUCUCUAUGACCAACUGAAGAUGGAAAAUCAGGACCAACAUGAUGAAACUAGGAAUAUGAAUGCGUUUUAUGCAUCUGUUGAAUCAUUUGAGACAACUUCUCCAUCACAUCCAGUACCUUUUAGGCCUAGUGAAAACAUCAAGAAAGCAAUUCAAGUUCUCCAAGAUUUAUUCACAAAAGAUUUCUCUCUUUUGUUGCAUCCAGGGCGUUCUAUAGAGAUAAAAGAUAUACUAAAAUACCUCCUCACAUUGCCACAAAAUGAAGAAUUUUGCGCAGCUACAAAAAUAGAAAUACAGAAAAUGUUACGAUGUUUUGAAAGAUGGAGUUUGGAGCAUCACAAUGCAUCAGGUCUUUCAGCAAAUGCGAAAAAAGAACUAUCAAAAGCAAGUAAAGUGAUGAAUGAUUUUGAAGCUAAUGUGAAAGAGUUCCAUGAGAUGGACAAGGAGGAGAUGUGUUUGUGUAAUAAAUUGGUUAUCUUGGAGGAAAGGAAGAGACAGCUUGAAGAAGAAAUCAAAAUAGUUAAUGUUGAGAUUGAAAAAUCUAAAACACAAAGAGAUGAGGUUGGUAGGAGAAAAAUUGAAUUGUAUGAGAAAGGAAGAGAAGUGAAAGCCAAAAGGGAUGAUUUCAUGAUAAAUGUUCCAAGGCUGAAAACUGAGCAACAAUUGGGAGUGAUAACUCGAACUAAUAUUGAAGCGGAGUGGGUCAAGCUUCGACAGAAAUUCACGUUGCUUCUCGCUAGUUCCCCCCUUUUGUCUUCUUCGUCUUUGCCACGACCACCAUCACAUGCAUAGUCAUGAUGUCAUUCUUCACAUUCAUGCAGAUUCUACAUUCAUUCAUUGAACGUUAUCUUGAACAAUCCAUGAAAAGGCAGUUUUUUAUUUUUUAUUUCAUUUUAUUAAUCAAAGUACCCUUUCCUGGUAUACUACUGUUGCUGCUUGAACGUAAGGUUUGUUUGACUGCACAGGAAUGAAAUAAUUUGUUUACCCAUUCCUUUGCAAACUAAUGUAGUUUGAGUACUCUUGUCGUAUCUAUUUUCCUAACAAUAGUUUUAUUGGCA